GGAUCACAGCCCAACUCGUAACCACUGCACCACCAGGAACAAUGGAAGAGCUGAGUCAAGCCCUGGCCAGCAGCUUCUCUGUGUCCCAAGAUUUGAACAGCACUGCGGCCCCCCACCCCCGCCUGUCCCAGUACAAGUCCAAGUGCAGCUCCUUCGAGCAGGGUGAGCGGCGCCGCCGGUUACUGGAACUGCAGAAAUCCAAGCGCCUGGACUUUGUGAACCAUGCCAGAAGGCUGGCUGAGGAUGACUGGGCCGGGAUGGAGAGUGAGGAGGAGGAGGAAGAGAAGAAAGAUGAUGAAGAAAUGGACGUUGACAUUGGCAAGAAACUACCAAAGCGCUAUGCCAAUCAAUUGAUGCUCUCUGAGUGGCUGAUCGAUGUCCCUGCAGACCUGGGCCAGGAGUGGAUUGUGGUUGUGUGCCCUGUUGGGAAAAGGGCCCUCAUCGUGGCCUCCAGGGGUUCUACCAGCGCCUACACCAAGAGCGGUUACUGUGUCAACAGGUUCCCGUCCCUUCUGCCAGGAGGCAACAGGCGGAACUCAGCCACAGCCAAAGACUACACCAUUCUGGACUGCAUUUACAGUGAGGUGAACCAGACCUACUACGUUCUGGACGUGAUGUGCUGGCGGGGACACCCUGUUUAUGACUGUCAGACCGAUUUCCGCUUCUACUGGAUGCAUUCCAAGUUACCCGAAGAAGGCGGCCUGGGAGAGAAAACGAAGCUCAAUCCGGUGGACGGGCUCCUCUUCUACCACAAGCAGACCCACUACAGCCCGGGCAGCACUCCUCUGGUGGGCUGGCUGCGCCCCUACAUGGUGUCCGAUGUGCUCGGCGUAGCUGUGCCCACUGGCCCUCUGACCAUCAAGCCAGAGUACGCCGGGCACCAGCUCCAACAGAUCAUGGAGCACAAGAGGAGCCAGACGGACUCGCAGGAGAGCCUCGGCCGCAAGGCCUCAGCGAACGGACAUUAUGAGCUGGAGCACCUGUCCACCCCCAGAGGGCUGAGGAGCCCUCCCCAGAGCCCGGAGCACCCUGGGAGCCUCAUGGACAACUAGAGAGAGCAGUCACCCCUGGGAGUCACGGAACAGUGCCUGACCCCAGAAGGAAGCUGGGAGGGAGGGCAUCGGUGACUUCGUUUUAGGGUGACUUUUCCAAAGGCACUCCAGCUGCAAACCAGCUGACACCCCUCCCCCCACCAGAAAUCCCGCUCACGUGGUUAGCGGAUUGCUUCCCAGCAGGCUGUGCAGAUCACGUUGAGUAGCUUUACGCACCCCAGAUCCCCUGUGUAAAUAUACACAGUUCUGCAGCA